UUCGGGGGUGGCUCGCCCUCAAGGGUAGCUGCGUUCGCGCGACUAGGAGAUCAAAUCACCCGAUUCAGUGCUAUCUUCGAUCUUCGCGCCGCAACACACCGACGACGACGGCGACGGCGACGGCGACGGCGACGGCGACGGAGAGAUCGGCCGGGUCGCGCGUUCACCCUCGGAUCGCCGCGUCGAAUAUUCAGUGAAAAAGAGGGUUUCGUUUCCAAUAACUUGCGGCUCGUUAUGAUGAACCUCGCUGAUCAGGAGGUACCCGCUGCGACCACGGAGUUGGCGGGUUUACCCGGAAACGGAUUCGGCAGACUACCUGAGCCGCUGCAGACAGUCACCGGGGAAUAUUGCUCCGCCAACUACCCGGUGUCUUCUCAGGCAACGGCGAACAACGAGAAGCUACACACCGGGGGCGAACUGUACAUGCCGCAUGGCUACAGGCAAGAGACCUGGCUGCAAGACGGCAGCGGCUCCGAUACCGAGGACAGCGAACAGUAUGUGCCCGAAUUUCAUCAAAUGUCAAGUGCGAGCGUGAAACAAGAGUCGAGCAAUUGCACGAGAAAUGGCGAUGGUAGUUAUCACCCGCAGUAUCAGUCCUCCGUCACGCACAGCCAAAACGGCGAUUUCCUCGAGCUCAGCUCGGACCGUUGCUUCGGGAAUCGAAAGAUAAAUCCGCAGAUUAGCAAGAGCACGAAGGACGUCGCCGUGAAGGAGGAACCGACGGACCGGAGCUACGUGGAGCCGCUUUCCAUCACAAACGUAUCAGCAUCCGCGACGACUCAGGACACGCAGAACGCGAGCGGCCUGAUCUAUCAGCAACGCCAGCAGCAACAGUACGGUAACGUGACGAGGGAUCAUCGGGGUUCCUCCCCGUCAUCCAGUCGGCCGGCCAGCGCCUCUUCCUCGACCUCUCAGUGGCAGUCGACCUUCUCGUCCGUCUCUUCCGAGACGUUCUUGCCGCGGCAGGAGAACUGGAACUCCGAGAUCUACGCCUCGAAACGGAGCGGCACGCCGACCUGGACGGAACUGGGCACGCAGUUGGAUCCGCGAAAUUCCUCCUGGGACCGGCAGAACGGCUGUUACCAGAAGAAAGGUUCGCCUGUGUCCACCUGGAAUUCUGAUCACAUCGGCAAGAGGCCGUCCUCGGCGACUGGCGGUGUUCCAACCUGGAGCGACGUAGCGGUGGGCUAUCAGCAACAGCGACGCGGUUCCUUGCAGUUGUGGCAGUUUUUGGUGGCUCUGCUAGAUGAUCCAGCGAACGCGCCUUGCAUCGCGUGGACCGGUCGCGGCAUGGAGUUCAAGCUCAUCGAGCCGGAGGAGGUUGCGCGCAGAUGGGGAGUUCAGAAGAAUCGACCGGCGAUGAAUUACGACAAGCUGAGCCGCUCGCUAAGAUACUACUACGAGAAAGGCAUAAUGCAGAAGGUCGCCGGCGAGCGAUACGUGUACAAGUUUGUUUGCGACCCGGAAGCGCUCUUCAAUAUGGCGUACGGCACCGGCACGUCCUCCGGGAUUACCGCUGGUGAAGUUCCGAGCAGUAUGGUACGAAGUCACGCGGUACCCGGGAAAGGAACAGGCGGGAACGAAGUCCCGGAUUUGAUGAAGCAUCCCGCCGCCGCUGCCGCUGCCGCCGCCGGCUACAGCGACGCAGUCUUCGCCAUGUACUCCAAUACCGCCGCGGUAUACGGACCCUCCAGCCUCCACCACCACCUGCAUCAAUACCUCGGGGGCAACGAGAGCUUCAAAACGCCACCAAGCAGAUAUCAUCCGCACUACCCCCAUCAGUACGGAGGUAAUCACCACCAUCACCACCAUCCGCCCGCGAGCUACACGGAGACCUUUCUGAACUACAGUCGAUUGUCGUCGUCGCAUGAGCCUGUUCUGGACUCGAAAACGGCGCAGGAGCCACCGCCACCGCCGCCGCCGCCUCCACCACCACCACUACCACCACCACCACCACCACUACCACCACCACCACCACCACCUUCAUCCUCGGUUGCAGCUACAAGAGAAUCCGGAUACAAUAUCCAAGAUGCGGAGAGUACCACCAGAGAUCGAGAGGCCGCGUCGAUACCUUAUGAAAGUGUUGUACAGAGAUCGCAGUUACCGAUAGCAGCCGCGCAGCCCUCGAUACUGGUGGACGGUGCAGCGAGCUCCAAGAUUGAACAAGCGCCGUACACGUGCCUGGGCGUCGGCAGUUGCGUCUGUUAAAAUAAUAAAUCCUCGGGACCAGGAUCUGUCGUUUGCGUGCAUUACUCAAACGAGACCGUCGGCCCGGUCAAUCGCGAUCCGCAACGACAACGACGAGAAGGACGUUGUGUGUGUGAUCCGCUCCGAGAAUUGUCCAGGCGAUCUUAGAUCUGUGGUCGGUUGCUUGUACAUCGGAGAGAUCGCCUUGCUCUACCGACUCUCCAACGAGAGACACAAAGUUGUUUGACUAAAGAUAUUAUCUGAACAUAAUCUUCAGAGCAAACCGAUGUCUCCGAUCUGCCAAGGCCAAACGCUGCUCUUGUAUCUUGUACAUAACAUCGUUCGUUUCCCGCACGCACACACACGUGUGUGUACCGAAUUGUGUGUACCGUCGAAGACGAAGGAUCGACUUUUAAGCUUCGUCCAUUGUUUCUCAAUCACGAGACUCCGAUUCUUCCGAGGCGUUAUCUCCGAUCGUUAUUCUGCGUGUGCGUGUUCUAGUAGUUUAUCGCGGCUGUAAUAUUUAUUUUAUAAAUAUUAAAUAA